AUGUCAGAUAGGAUCGAUCCAAAAAUCCGGGGCUCGAGCCGGCCCCUCAUCCACGGCCUCACUUCCCCAGACCACGUGAUCCGAUCGGCGACGCCAAAUGCAACUCGGCUAAACUCUCGCAGAGUGCAGCGGGGGAUUUUCGCUUCGCUCUUGCUUCGGCAAAGGAAGAAAAGAGUCAAGAGAGGGAGAAGUUUAAACUUCGCAACAGUCGAAAUAGUGGCGAUCGGCCGCCGACUUUCCCAAGUGGAUCCUUGGGCCGUCUGCCAAGAGCACAACCAGUUUUUACACCGAGUCGGUGAUUUGCUGCCUCUGUUUACCGAUAAGCUAAGUGUGCUCGUUGUUGAAUGGGUCACUUUUCCAGAGGAUGUAGAGUGUAGCGAGGAUGAGAGCAGCUCUUCUAGCUUUAAACUAAACGGAGAUGCCGCGUGGUGCCUGGAUUUGGCUGGAAUGACUGGAACUGCCCAGAUGCUUGGUGGAUGGACCCACUGCCAUGCAGGAAUCGACAUCAUUAUGCUGGAAGUAGUUGAACUGUUGAGGAGUUGA